AUGGGGCGGCUGACCAAGGAGCAGGCGGCGCGCGAGGCGGGCGAGGCGGGGACUAACGCCACGUCCCUCAACCUCACCCACCGCGCGCUAUCCGACGUGUCGUGCCUGAGCAGUUUCAAGAACCUGGAGCGCCUCGACCUCGGCUACAACUGCCUCGUCACCCUCGAGGGUUUGUCCUCCUGUGCCAAUUUGAAGUGGCUUUCGGUUAUCGAAAACAAGCUUGUGAGCUUAAAAGGUGUUGAGGAGCUCUCAAAGUUGCAGGUACUGAAUGCUGGCAAGAACAAACUUACGAAAAUGGAUGAGGUCGCAUCUUUAACAAGCCUGGGAGCAUUGAUUCUUAACGAUAACAAUAUUUCUUCCAUCUGCAAGCUUGAUCGGUUGCAGCAGUUGAAUACACUUGUUCUGUCUAAGAAUCCUGUUUUUACCAUCGGCAAUGCUUUGGUCAAGGCUAAGUCUAUGAAAAAGCUAUCCUUGUCUCACUGCCAAAUAGAAAAUAUUGGAUCUUCUCUUGCCGAGUGUGUGGAACUGAAGGAACUUAGGCUUUCUCACAACAAGAUCAGUACAAUCCCUUCAGAUUUGGCCAAAAAUGUGAAGAUCUUGAACCUUGAUUUGGGGAAUAACUUUAUUGAGAGGAGUUCAGAUUUGAAGGUACUUUCUGAAUUGCGCUACUUGAGGAACCUUAAUUUGCAGGGAAAUCCUGUUUCUGAGAAAGACAGUCUUGUCAAAAAGGUUAAGAAAUUUGUGCCAACCUUGCGCAUAUUGAAUGCAAAGCCCCUAGAGGCCACGUCCAAGAGUGAUAAGAGCUCUAGAAAAAAGAAUCCUCCGAGCAAAGAUAAAGACUCCAUUGGGAUUGAUACAAAGAGGGAUAAAAGGAAGAAAUCUAAACAAGAGUUAAAGGGCCCUGAAGAGCUUGAAGUCCAGAGUAUUUCCACAGGUGUCACCACUUCGAACCCUGGUAAUAAACUUGAAGUGCCAGACGGUAAGGAAAGGAAAAAGGUGAAGAAGGAAGCUAAGACGAAGAAAUCUGAAGAGCUAGACCAUGCCAAUAACAGUAACUUAAAGAACAAAGCCGUUCAAUCUUCUGCCUAUGAUACCAGCAUGAAGGACAAGAAGGAAGCCAAGAGGAAGAAAUUCGUUGACGAAGAAGAUGUAGAUGCCGAAGGAAUUGACAAUACAGAAAUCUCAUUUGCAGAUUUAAUGUUUUCCAAUGUGGGCAAUCCAGAGACUAAGCUAAAGGACAGCUCAACCCUGGAAGCUGCUCCUGAUGGAAAAUUUGUUGGAGGUCUGGUAAUUGAUCACACGAAGAAGAGAAAGAAAUCAAAAGGUGUUGUCACCAUCACUGACUCUUCAGCUCUUAAGAUGUUUUCCUCAAUGCCAGAGGUGGGAGCAGGAGGGCUUGGCCUGUCAGGAUGGGAAGAGUAG